GUGAGGGAGGAAGUUGGUUCUCGGGGCGCCUGCGCGCCGCCGCCCGCGAAGCUCGAACUGACGGCCGUCGAGGUGGCUGUGACUGCGCUGCUCCCCGCGUCGGCUGCGGUGCUGGGGGCCCCGCGCUGCAGGAGGCUGCGGGCGGAGACCCUCCAAGUGCUUCUUCUCGGGGAGCGGCUCGUCGGCGGGUCGCGCUUCCCAAACUACAGGCCGGCAUGCCCACCAUCGUGCUGGACGGCGUGGCGGUGGACUUCCCUUUCCAGCCGUACAAAUGCCAGCAGGAGUACAUGGCCCGGGUGCUGGAGUGUCUGCAGAAGAAAGUGAACGGCAUCCUGGAGAGCCCCACGGGCACGGGGAAGACCCUCUGCCUGCUGUGCACCACGCUGGCCUGGCGGGAGCACCUGCGGGACACCCUUGCUGCUCGCUUGGUGGCGGAGAGAUCCCAAGGGCAGCUUUUGCCGGAGCGCGCCUCGUCCUGGGGGAACGUCGCCGCCACCGCCAAGGACCCCAUAGCGUGCUUUGCAGACAUCCCGAAGAUCAUCUACGCCUCCCGGACGCACUCGCAGCUCACGCAGGCCAUCAGUGAACUCCGAAACACCUCCUACCGACCCAGGGUCUGUGUGCUGGGCUCCCGGGAGCAGCUGUGCAUCCACCCCGAGGUGAAGAAGCAGGACAGCAACCACAUGCAGAUCCACCUGUGUCGUAGGAAGGUGGCGAGCCGUUCCUGUCACUUCUACAACAACGUGGAAGAGAAAAGCCUGGAGCAGGAGCUGGCCACCCCCAUCCUGGACAUCGAGGACCUCGUCAAGAGUGGGAGCAAGCACAAGGUGUGUCCGUACUACCUCUCCCGGAACCUGAGGCAGCAAGCUGACAUUGUCUUCAUGCCGUACAACUACCUUCUGGACGCCAAGAGUCGCAGGGCGCACAGCAUUGACCUAAAGGGGACGGUGGUGAUCCUGGACGAAGCCCACAACGUGGAGAAGAUGUGCGAGGAGUCGGCCUCCUUCGACCUGACGCCCCGCGACCUCGCCUCGGGCCUGGAGGCCAUAGACCAGGUUUUGGAAGAGCAGACCAGGGCUGCACAGCAGGGGACCCUAUGCCUGGAGCUGGGCGCAGAGCCCACCGGCUCUGGGCUCAGCAUGGAGCUGGAAGACGUCGCGAAGCUGAAGAUGAUGCUGCUUCGCCUGGAGGGGGCCAUCGACGCCGUAGAGCUGCCUGGAGACUGCAGCGGGGUCACCAAGCCAGGGAGCUAUGUCUUCGAGCUCCUUGCGGAAGCCCACAUCACAUCGCAGACCAAGGACUGCGUCCUGCACUCGCUGGACCAGAUCACCCAGCACCUGGCCGGCCGUGCUGGAGUGUUCACCAACACGGCCGGAUUGCAGAAGCUGGCGGACAUCAUCCAGAUUGUGUUCAGCGUGGACACCCCUGAGGGCGGCCCUGGGUCCAUGGUGGCAUUGGCGGCCUCACGGUACUAUAAGGUGCACAUCCACCCUGACACCAGUCACCAGAGGGCAGCUCAGCGGGCAGACUCCUGGACCAGCACUGCGUCCAGAAAGCAAGGGAAGGUGCUGAGCUACUGGUGCUUCAGCCCCGGCCACAGCAUGCGGGAGCUGCUGCAGCAGGGCGUGCGCACGCUCAUCCUCACCAGCGGCACGCUGGCCCCGCUCUCGGCCCUCGCCCUGGAGAUGCAGGUCCCCUUCCCAGUCUGCCUGGAAAACCCGCACGUCAUCGACAGCCACCAGAUCUGGGUGGGGGUUGUCCCCAGGGGCCCUGACGAAGCCCAGCUGAGCUCUGCAUUUGACAGACGGUUUUCCGAGCAGUACCUGUCCUCCCUGGGGAAGGCUCUGAACAACAUCGCCCGCGUGGUGCCGCACGGGCUCCUGGUCUUCUUCCCUUCCUACCCCGUCAUGGAGAAGAGCCUGGAGUUCUGGCGGGCCCGAGACCUGGCCAGGAAGAUGGAGGCGCUGAAGCCCCUGUUCGUGGAGCCCAGGAGCAAAGACAGCUUCACAGAGGUGAUCAACGCCUACUACAAGCAAGUGGCCUCCGGUGGGCCCGGCGGGGCCGCCUUCCUGGCCGUGUGCCGGGGCAAGGCCAGCGAAGGGCUGGACUUCUCGGACACAAACGGCCGGGGUGUGAUCGUCACGGGGCUCCCGUACCCCCCACGCAUGGACCCCCGUGUUGUCCUCAAGAUGCAGUUCCUGGACGAGAUGAAGGCCCAGGGCGGGCCUGGGGGACAGUUUCUCUCUGGGCAAGAGUGGUACCGACUCCAGGCGUCCAGGGCUGUGAACCAGGCCAUUGGCCGGGUGAUCCGGCACCGCCACGACUAUGGCGCCGUCUUCCUGUGUGACCACAGGUUUGCCUACGCCGAUGCCAGAGCCCAGCUGCCCUCCUGGGUGCGUCCCUGUGUCAAGGUGUACGACAGCUUUGGCCACGUCAUCCGAGAUGUGGCCCAGUUCUUCCGUGUCGCUCAGAAAAGUAUGCCGUCGCCCACCCCCAAGGCUGUGGCCCCCAGUGUGGGUGAGGAAGGAGGCGCUGGCACGGCGGCCCUGGCACCAGCCCCCGUCCUGUCCAUCAGGAAAGCCAAGAGCCUGGACGUGCACGUCCCCAGCCUGCAGCGGAGGCCUGUGGGGCCUCCCGCAGCUGGGGACUGCGACCGCAGCCUGUGUGUGGAGUACGAGCCGGAACCCGUCUCUGCGCCCCGGACGCCCGCAGGGCUGCUGGCCGCCCUGGAGCACAGCGAGCAGCAGGCUGAGGGGCCUGUGGACGAGGCCUCCCCCACGAAGGGACAGGCCCCUGGCGGCUGCAGCCUAGCCCUGCGGUGUGAGAAGAGGCUGGCAGAGCAGCAGAGAGGAGGGAGGAAGAGGAUCCGGCUGGUCCGAGCCCCGCAGGAGGAGCCUGCGGCGGGCAGCCAGGUGCACCGAGCGAAACUGUUCAUGGGGGCGGUGAGGCAGGCGCUGAGCCAGGCCGGCUUCGCCGCCUUCACCCGGGCCCUGCAGCAGUACAAGGGCUCCGACGACCUGGCCGCGCUCACGGCCUGCCUUGGCCGGCUCUUCACCCAGGACCCCGCCACGCACAGCCUGCUCCAAGGCUUCUACCAGUUCGUGCGUCCCCACCACAAGCAGCAGUUCGAGGAGUUCUGCGUCCAGCUGACAGGCCACGGCUGCGGCUGCCGGCCAGAGCACUCCCUCCCCGAUGGGCAGCAGGCACAGGGAGCCCUAGACCCUGUUGAGAGGAAGGGGCCUGACUGCAGGCUGACCCUGUCUGCGGGUGCAGUGAGGCAGCUCGACCCGGGACAGCACCUGAACCAGGGAGGGCCCCACCUGGCCAGCGGGCCAGCCACGGCAGGAGGCCCCAGCAGCUGUCCACAAGUGGGGUCCGGAGCAGAGGCGCGGGGACAGCCUGUGGCACGCGCCUACCUGGCGGACGCCCGCCGGGCUCUGGGCUCGGCAGGCUACAGCCAGCUGCUGACCGCUCUGAAGGUCUACAAGCAGGACGACGACUUUGACAAGGUGCUGGCCGUGCUGGCCGCGCUGACCACUGCCAGGCCUGAGGACUUCUCCUUGCUGCAAAGGUUCAGCAUCUUCGUGCGGCCUCACCAUAAGCAGCGGCUGCUACAAGCGUGCACGGACCUGACGGGGCUGCCUGCCCGCGGGACCCCCAGGCCAGGCCCCGAGAAGCCGGAGAGGCCGGAGAAGGGUCAGAGCAAGAUCUCAUCCUUUCUCUCACGGAGGCCAGCGGGGGACGCCGGGGCAGGGCCCAGCCGGCCCACACAGCCCCUCCCCAGGCACGCGCAGUGCGGCGUGUGCCAGGGCUGUGGGGCGCAGGACGCGGUGCCCUUCCAGUGCCCCCGCUGUGACUUCCACCGCUGCCAGGACUGCUGGCGACGGCACCUCCAGGCCGCUAGGACCUGCCCGGCCUGUGGAGCUGCCGCCAGGAGACAGAGCAUCAUGCCAGUGUUCUGGCCGGAGCCGCACUGAGCGCCGUGGGGACCGCUGGGCGCUGCUGGCCCGUGCACGCUGGAGUCAGCUUCUAUGGCACCACGCUGGCCUUUGACCCUGGUCAGGGUUGAGAGCCCGCCUGACUAGGAGCCCAGCCGGGUGCCCCCGCGGGAUCUGGGACUGCCUGGGAAGUCACCUUGGGGCUGGGGUGGGCUUCACCUUUCCCCCUGCUGGAGAGGGGGUGGGGGAGGGAGCCUGCUCUCCAAUAAAGCUGCGGGCAGGGUGCAGCCCUGUCUGUGUGGCCUGGGGUGCCA